AUGAGUCUCUCGCGCGACGAACAGAUCGCCGAAUAUGGCUGGACAGCUCUUCCCUGCGACCCUGAAGAGUGGAGCGGUGAUAAGGAAAACAACAAAGAUCCUGUUCCGCAAAUCUGUAGUGAAGUGCCUUUGCCCGACACGCCAUUGGUCAAAGCCGCCAUGGAGCAUGUUAGACAAGAACUACCAGAGCAUACAUUCAACCACAGCAUGCGAGUCUUCUUUUACGGUAAUACCUCCUUGUCCUCCUUGCAAUGUACGCUGAGUAAAGGAAACNNAGGCAUGGCAAUAGCUACCCAACAGUUCCCUUCCUGGGAGUUCGGCCCAGAGACAUGGUUGCUAACUUGUCUGUUCCACGACAUUGGGACUGCAGACAAGCACACACAUGGCACAUUCAUGUCUUUUGAGUUCUACGGAGGCUAUUUGGCCAUGGAUACGCUCAAGAAGUUCGGCUCUCCAGCUACACAAGCGGAAUCAGUCGCCGAAGCUAUAAUCCGUCACCAAGAUCCAGUGGAAACUGGUACCAUCACGACCAUUGGCUUACUGAUUCAGCUGGCCACUCAAUUUGACAAUAUGGGAUACCGUCCUGACUACGUCCAUCCAGAUACCAUCAAAGAUGUCGUGGAAAAGUAUCCUCGUCGGGGCUGGUCUGGCUGCUUCUCGAACAAGAUUAGAGAGGAGGUUGCGGUCAAGCCCUGGUGUCAUACUACAGCGUCCACUGAGAAGUUCCCUCAUGAUGUGGAGCAUAACGAACUGAUGGCGCCUUAUGAUGACAAGUUUUAG